AUGUUGUUGUAUUCUUUUUUCUUCAUUUCCCUUAUUACUGGCGUGAAAAGCGGAGAUAAUCCGAUAGCAGAAUGUAAUAAAGCCGUAGGAGCUUUUCAGCGACCAACGGUCGAACCAGGCCUUUGUGCACACAUCGAUUUACCAGCGUGUGCUGCUAUAUUUCCAUACACUGAUGCAGCAGUAGCGAUCGCAUCUCAUGCCAAUCCAGGCGCGUCUUAUCUGAUACCCGAUCAAUGCACACAACCUCCUCUCAAAGCGUUUGCAGAAAAGAAUUGCCCAAGUCGUUGCGCAUUCUGCUGUAAAGCAAAACAAUUCAACUGUGCUAAUGAUCCAUCGGCAGGCAGUCUCUGUGACACCUUUACACUGGAGAUGUGCAGGAAUCCGGCUCUCAGGACAAUCGCAUUAACGAGUUGUCCAAUGAAAUGUGGACUUUGUGACCAACCAGGAGCAGGUGGCAUCUGCCCAAACACACUUGACGAUGCAGUUUGCACAGCUCUAGCGCCGGUAAUUUGCCUCGAUGAUAAAGCGAAGAAUUCUUGUCAAAAAACAUGCGGAUUAAGAACUUGUCUAGGUAAAUUUAACACAACUUAA